CGGGCCUCUACUUUUGGGGGCAGCCUUUAUUAAACAAACGGCACUUCUUCCCCUGCAGGCGCUGCCUCCUCUGUCGGUCCCAAUUCCUAUGACUCCUUACUAUCUGGUGUCGUAGCUGAGUGCAUGUUGAAACCAUGGCAAUCCCGUCGUCCAUCACUGCCACCCUGAUCACCCUUCUCCUCCUUCCCAUCCUCUUGGCCCUGAAGCGGCUUUACUUCCACCCGCUAUCUCGGUACAAUGGACCGCUUCUUUGGGCAUUAACCCGUGUGCCGUAUAUGCUGGCAUUCCGGAAUGGCAAGUUAGCACAUAAAAUAAAGUCUUUUCACGACGUUUAUGGCGAGACCGUCCGCGUUGCCCCGAAUGAGGUGUCCUUCAUCAACCCCGACACUGUCAAAGACAUCUAUCAGCGCAGACCGAGCGGCGGCGGUUUCAAGUCACUUCCUAAAGAUCCCAUCCGCCAGGCACCUCCAAGGCCAGGGCAGCCCAUUAGCAUCCUCGAUGCGGGCGAUUCUGACCACACACGACUCCGCAAGGCCUAUGCGGCCGCCUUCAGCAGCCAGGCCUUAAGCGCCCAGGAGCCGCUCGUUGCCAGCUACGUCGACAAGAUGAUCACCCAAAUGCAGUCCCAGAGCGAACUAGCUACAAAGAAGGUUGAUCUACAAGAGUGGAUCAGCUUCUGCACCUUUGAUAUCGUCUGCAAAUUAAGCUUCGGCGAAGAUUUCGCCUGUUUGGACAAUCAACGCUACCACGAAUGGGUGGGCCAACUCGUCUACUCGCUCAAAGCCAAAGUCCAGCUAGCCUCCUGCCGCUUCUAUCCCUGGUUGUUCAACUACCUUGUCAAGCGCCUACCCAAGUCUGCGGGUGUCCUCAUGGCCCAGCACCAAGCCACAACCAAGGAAAAGGUGAAGCGCCGGUUACAGCAGCUGGACAGCGAUGCCAGUGCUGAAGGCAAUGAUGCCGCAGGGGUUACUAGGCCGGAUUUCCUAGCACAUCUUGUGCAGCAGCAAUCCCGCCGGGAAAUUUCCGAAGGGGAGAUGGUAGUGAACGCCGCAACUCUCAUCGUUGCUGGGAGCCACACCCUUCAAACCGCCAUCACUGGUAUUCUAUUUCACCUCCUUCGGAAUCCAACAAUAAUGGAUCGCGUGACGAGCGAGGUGCGCAGUGCAUUUCUCUCUGCCGACCAGAUAAAUGUGUCCACCCUGCUCAGGCUGCCCAUACUAGAAGCAGCGAUCAAGGAAGGCAUCCGUCUCACCUCCCCCGUGCCCCUGGGGUUGACUCGACUGGUUCCCAUUGGGGGCCAUACCAUCAACGGGGAAUAUUUCCCAGAGGGAGUAAGUCACUUUUGUCUGCACUUUUCUCAUUACUUGCGUGUCUAAUUUAGCCCGGAGCGGGGACAUGAGAUAACAGACUCAUAGAAGCUAACGAUGAAUUACAGACUGUUGUCUCCUACAUGCAAUGGGCUGCCAAUGUCUCCCCACAGAACUAUACCGACCCUCAGGCCUUCCACCUUGAGCGCUGGCUCAACUCGCGCCCGCAGGCUUUAUCUCCGCAAGAUGACCCUUUUGAAAAGGAC